AGCCUUCUCCAAGUUGCGAAAUCCCACUCGUCUCUUACACCAAUUAGCGACACUGCGAGGGUACCGACACUACACUUCCGCUCUCAUUUCUCAAAGGCCUUGCUUUGAGCCUGUUAGUGGAUGAUGAAGGCAGCAGCAAAUCUCCCUCACCCAACACCCUGGAUUCUCUACAUUUCUAAGCCCUGAUUCCCAAUUUUAUCCCCAAUUCACAAAUAUAAGAAAUGAAGCGGAAGCGUGGACGUCCCAAAAAAUCUGCUGCGAAAAAGCCUGCUGUGGUGAAUGCUGAUGAGGAAGCAUUUCUGAACUUCGUUGCUAAAAAUGUCGAUGAAAAUUCUUUGCCAGAUCGACCUAAUGAUCAUGGGUUUAAUCUGUAUGAUUCUGAAAAGGAGGCUAGUUCGUCUUUGUCUUUGUCUUCUUCUUCAGGCGAAAGUGAUGGAUUUCAUUUCGAGGGAGGAGGUGGUAGUGGUUUUGAGGAACCAGCGAUUGAUAGUAGGGUGAAAAGAUCAUCUAACAAACGUGCUCCACCAAAGAAAGGGGAAGCUUCAAGGAAAGGUACAAGUGCUACAGUUACGUCGGGAUUGAGAUCUUCGAGCAGGAAAGAAGUACCAUCGAAGAACCCAGCUCAGGAUUCUCUGAUUAACAAGAAUGAAUUGAAAGCUGCCUUAGCGGUGAUUAAGAAGGUUAUGGAAAUGGAUGAGGCUGUACCUUUCAAUGCUCCUGUGAAUCCUGUUUCUCAGGGAAUACCUGAUUAUUUCACUGUCAUUGAUAUGCCUAUGGAUUUUGGAACAAUCUGUAGCAAUCUUCAAAAUGGUAUCAAGUACCUGAAUGCAGAAGAUGUGUAUAAGGAUGUGGAGUGCAUUUGGGAGAAUUGUUAUAGGUAUAACAAAAAGGGUGACUACAUUGUGUACCUUAUGAAAAGGGUGAAGAAGAAGUUUAUGAAAUACUGGACAGCUGCAGGACUACGUAGUGAUAUUCUGAACAAGCUUGGUGGACACUCUCACUUGGCACCUUCAAGUGAUCGGGCUGUGGUGAACCGAAUGGUAAGUAACCCCAGUCAGAUGCAGCAUGAUUCUUUUGGCACUGGCCAGCCCCAGACUCAAAUACCCCAACCAAGCUACACACAGCCUUAUCAGUCUCAUCAGUGUCAGCCAAGUACCACCCGAGUGCCACAAUUUUCCCAGUUACCUACUGGUGUGGAUAGUAUUUAUGCAGGACAUUCAUGCAUACCAGGGCCACCUGUUACAGUCCUUCCCAUGGGGGUGGAAAAACAAACCCGCAAGCAUUCAGUUGUCCCUAUGAUGAGUGGCUCAACACAUUCCCAGCAACAACAGCACCAACUAAGCUCAUGUUAUUUGUGGCAGCCACAGCAGAGCACUGGCCAGCCACAGCCAUCUCAUUUGCAUAGUGGUGCAGAUAUUAAUAACACAGUGGAUCACAUGCUUAGCAGCAUGAGCCAACCUCAACCGAGCCACUGCCAAGCAAGUGAAUCAAAUCAGCCUCGGGCAGGCAUUGGGCAGCCUCAGCCGUCUCAGCCAAGUGUAGGUGUUUCUGGUGCAGGCAUGCCACGUGUGAAGGCUAGGAGGGGGGGACGAAGACAUAUGCAGAGGUGCUCUACUGGCCCUUUGGCCUCUACUGGCCCUUUGGCCAAAAUCCCAUUGGUCUCGGGCCAUUCUGUGCCUCAACAGCCAUCUGGGAGCCACAGCCACCCACAUAGGUCACAACACUCCACAAUUGAGAGAAAGAGGAGGGGUCGAGGCCCCACUCGAUGCCGUUUCAUGUUGGACUUGCCUGACGGUGAGCGAAUAUUCAUCCCUAUCAACAUGCUGGGACAGCCUGUUGGUCCUGAAGCAUCAAAGCUGGCUUCCUUCCUGGGCACUCUAGCACGAAAUGGUGAGAUGGCGCCACUUAAUUUUCUGGAAUGGUCAGGAAUGCCAGAUGCAAUCAAAGAGGAUAUGUGGCAGUUUGUGCAGACAAAGUUUGACAUUGACCCCACAUGCAAAACUUGGGUUAUGAAGUCCCUUGCAUCAAAAUGGAGGAACUGGAAAGCUCAGUUGAAGGCUGACCAUUAUAACCCUCAUACAACUGAUGAGGAACGUUUGAAGGACUGUAACAAAAGAGUCCUUCCUGAUCAAUGGGCGGCCCUUGUAUCCUAUUGGAACUCUGAAGAGGUGCAGUUGCGUUGUGCUAAAAAUAAGGCCAACCGUGCAAAGCAGAAGAGUGCCCAUGCUGCGGGCUCAAAGAGCUUUGCAAGGAUACGUGAGGAAGAGCGUGCAAAGAGGGCUGAUGGAGCGGAACUUACUAGAGGAGAACUAUACAUACUAACCCGUACGCGUAAGGAUGGACAACCUGUGGAUAAAGUAGCAGCAGAAGUAAUAACAAAACUCCAUGAACUAGAAGCUCAAAAACAGCAGACUUCACAUGGCAGCGAUGACCAUGAGGACAGCUACUCCCAAGUAAUGGGAAAAGAAAAAGGUGGCCAUGUGCGCAUGGUUGGGAUGGGUCCCAGUCCUGCUGAUAUCUGGGCCCGAAAACCUAGCCGUUUGAGUCUUGUGAGGAUAGGCUUGGAGGCCAAGAGAUUAGCAAAUGAGGAGGUAAGCAAGAUGUUAAACAAAAUGGAGGCCAUGGAGCAAAAGUACGCAUCCUUGGAAGCCCAAAUAGCUAGGAUGACUUCAAAUAUGGAGAAUCUGAUUGGCAAGAUGGGUGCCUUGGGUUCAAAACAGGUUCCUAAUAAUGCUCCUGAAGAUUCACCGCAGGCACAAGCACAGUCCUCGGCAAGUCAUGCAGUUCAAUCUGAUGAGGAUGACUAGAGACUAUAGAGGGGCAUGAUCUUCACAUCACAGGACUCGUCAAUAUGUGUUUUGGAUUCUCUCUCCCCCCUCUUUAAAUAUUUGUUUGUGUUGGUGCAUGAUGUUAUUGCUAGGCUUGGUGGACUGGACCUGUCUUUUUUGAUUGGACAUGCAACCACUACUGCUAGAUAAGGUUUAUGUUUUUUAGCAUGUAUUGUUCAUAACUGGAACAGUCCUCUCGUGAAUUUUGUUGCUCGUAAUAAGAGUUUCGUAUUAUUUGGUUUGGUGUGA